GUGACAGCUUCCCAACUGGACGAGCAGCUGGCUGCGGACCUGUGGCUGCUCACCCCCCCCUGCCAGCCGUACACCACCACUUCCAACGCACGUCGCCGGGACACAGCUGACCCACGGGCCGCCUCGCUGUUGCACCUAAUGUCACCUGCCGUACUGCCAGCCAUGCAGCGGCCCCCGACCAGGCUGAUGAUGGAGAACGUGCCGGGUUUCGUGGGCUCGGAUAGCCACAAAAUGAUGGUGGCGGCGUUGGGUACGGCAGGGUAUGAGCUACAAGAGUUCAUUGUGUCGCCACACCAGCUGGGAGUGCCGUACUCGAGACCUCGCUACUUUGCACUGGCAGUACGGCGGCCGCUGAGCUUCCCUCGCCAGUACGACUGCAGCCGGGGACCCCUGGGUCAAGGCAUGGAGUGUAGGACCAGGCCGGGCAGGAGCCCGGCUACUAGUGAGGAGGUCGGCGCCGGGCCCGCUGCUGACGCCGAAGCCGCCAUUGCCACAGCCGCCGCUGGGGCGACCAAGGAUGGCGUCAGCAGUAGUGACCCAUGGGUCGCGUAUGCCGUUUCCGCUGCGCAGUUGGCGCGGUUCUGGCGUGUAUUGGACGUGGUGACCCCCUCCAGCACGUACUGCAACUGCUUCACCAAGCACUACACGGACAACCUGUUGGCCGCGGGGUCAGUACUGGCCAGCGAGGACUUCGCGGAGCCGGGCGAGGCGCAUGCGGAGGCAGUGGUGCUCGGCCUGCGGUUCUUCAGCCCGGAUGAGGUGGCGGCAAUUCACGGUGUGCGGGCGGACUGGGCCGCUAGGGCGAGAGCUGCGGGGUUGCAGCCACGCCAGCAGUACGCUUUGCUUGGGAACGGCCUGAGCGUGGACGUGGCGUCGUACUUGUUGACGUACUUGCUUCAGGCACAGUGA